AGCGACGGCGGCCGGGAGGCGGAAGUGGAAGUUGUUGUGGCUCUGUGAGCUGUGCGAGGAGCUGCUGCUGCUGAGGCGGCGGCGACCGCGUUGAGGCGGUGGCGGCGCUGCCAGCUCCGGGCCGUUCGGCCUCUUGGCUCGCCUCCCAGCCUUUCCUGAGCCAGCCGGAGCCCGCGCCGGCCAGCGCCUGCCCUAUGAGUGUGUCACUGGUUGUCAUCCGAUUGGAGCUCGCGGAACACUCGCCAGUCCCUGCCGGCUUCGGCUUCAGCGCCGCGGCGGGGGAAAUGUCUGAUGAGGAGAUCAAAAAGACAACACUAGCUUCAGCUGUAGCCUGUUUAGAAGGGAAGUCACCAGGAGAGAAAGCAGCAAUUAUCCAUCAGCAUCUCGGCCGUCGAGAAAUGACAGAUGUGAUCAUUGAGACAAUGAAGUCCAUCCCAGAUGAACUAAAAACUACAGUGGAAGAAAGGAAGUCUUCAGAAGCAUCCCCCACUGCCCAAAGAAGUAAAGAUCACAGUAAGGAAUGCCUAAAUGCUGCCCCCGAUUCUCCAUCCAAACAGCUUCCAGACCAGAUUUCAUUCUUCAGUGGAAAUCCAUCAGUUGAAAUAGUUCAUGGUAUUAUGCACCUAUAUAAGACAAAUAAGAUGACCUCCUUAAAAGAAGACGUGAGGCGCAGUGCCAUGCUGUGUAUUCUCACAGUCCCUGCUGCAAUGACUAGUCAUGACCUUAUGAAGUUUGUCGCCCCAUUUAACGAAGUAAUUGAACAAAUGAAAAUCAUCAGAGACUCUACUCCCAACCAAUAUAUGGUGCUGAUAAAGUUUAGUACACAGGCUGAUGCGGAUAGUUUUUAUAUGGCAUGCAAUGGCCGCCAGUUCAACUCAAUAGAAGAUGACGUUUGCCAGUUAGUGUAUGUGGAAAGAGCUGAAGUGCUGAAAUCUGAAGAUGGUGCCAGCCUCCCGGUGAUGGACUUGACUGAGCUCCCCAAGUGCACGGUGUGUCUGGAGCGCAUGGAUGAGUCUGUGAAUGGAAUCCUCACAACAUUAUGUAACCACAGCUUCCACAGCCAGUGUCUACAGCGCUGGGACGACACAACGUGUCCUGUUUGCCGGUACUGUCAAACGCCCGAGCCAGUAGAAGAAAAUAAGUGUUUUGAGUGUGGUGUUCAGGAAAACCUUUGGAUUUGUUUAAUAUGUGGCCACAUAGGAUGUGGACGAUAUGUAAGUCGACAUGCUUAUAAGCACUUUGAGGAAACGCAGCACACAUAUGCCAUGCAGCUUACCAACCAUCGAGUCUGGGACUAUGCUGGAGAUAACUAUGUUCAUCGACUGGUUGCAAGUAAAACAGAUGGGAAAAUAGUACAAUAUGAAUGUGAGGGGGAUACUUGCCAGGAAGAGAAAAUAGAUGCCUUACAGUUAGAGUAUUCAUAUUUACUAACAAGCCAGCUGGAAUCUCAGCGAAUCUACUGGGAAAACAAGAUAGUUCGGAUAGAGAAGGACACAGCAGAGGAAAUUAACAACAUGAAGACCAAGUUUAAAGAAACAAUUGAGAAAUGUGAUAAUCUGGAGCAUAAACUAAAUGAUCUCCUAAAAGAAAAGCAGUCUGUGGAAAGAAAGUGCACUCAGCUAAACACGAAAGUGGCCAAACUCACCAGUGAGCUCAAAGAGGAGCAGGAAAUGAACAAGUGUUUGCGAGCCAACCAAGUCCUCCUGCAGAACAAGCUAAAGGAGGAGGAGAAGUUGUUGAAGGAGACCUGCGACCAAAAAGAUUUGCAAAUCACCGAGAUCCAGGAGCAGCUGCGUGAUGUCAUGUUCUACCUGGAGACACAGCAGAAGAUCAACCAUCUGCCUGCUGAGGCCCGGCAGGAAAUCCAGGAGGGACAGAUCAACAUCCCCAUGGCCUCAGCCUCAAGUCCCGCCUCUUCUGGGGGCAGUGGGAAGUUGCCCUCCAGGAAGGGCCGCAGCAAGAGGGGCAAGUGACUUUCAAAGCAACAGACAUCCCCGAGACUGUUCUCCCUGGCACCGUGAGGGCAUGCUGGGACCUUCAGCUAAAUGUGAGGGUGGGCCCUAAUAAGUACAAAUGAGGAUCAAGCCACAGUUGUUUGGCUCUUUCAUUUGCUAGUGUGUGAUGUAGUGAAUGUAGAGGGUACUGAUCAGGAGAGGUGAUGGAAAGGGGCUGUGUUUGAAAAGGUCUUAAGAGUUCACUAACCUCAGACAUUCUAAUGACCAUUUUGCCUUCUUACUUGGUAGAAGCCCCAGCUCUGUUGUGCAUUUUUCCAUUGUAUUUAUGGAGUUGGUGCAUUUGACAUUCAGUUCUGGGGUAGGUUUAAGUUGUUAAGUUAUUUCUUGUAACUUCAAAGGUAAGGUUAUCUAGCACUAAAAGAUCAUAGCAGCUGCUUUAAAGAGAGGUUUCCAUUGGCUGCUGAGGAGUUAUGAAAAUUCCCUAGCAAUAGUGUCAUAUCAUUAUCAUCUCCCCCUUCCUCUGGGGAGUGGAAGAAUUGCUUGAAUGUUAUCUGAAAAGAGGUCUGGUAGUAAACCAGGCCCUGGCUCUUUACCAGCAGUCAUCUUUUCUUGCUCUGGGGCUAGCCAGGAAAAACAAACAGCUUGGGGCACAUUGGGUAGCCUAAGUGUAGGAAAAAUGGUGGCAGCUCCACUGUUUAUUUUUGGUGACUUCAUACGUCAUUAUCAACCUCAAUUAAAGAGGAGGCUUAAUGGCUGUUCCCAAACUCAAAUCUCAAAGUGGAUAUCCUAGCAUCUAGCAAGAAUAAGUGGGGAGAUUUCUCAUCUGUGUGAAAAUGUAGAGUGAGGCCUCUGACUAGCUAAUUUUGUAUUUUGCUGGGUGCAGUAUUUUCUAAAUGUUUACAAAAGAUUGGUCUGCAUGUUCAGGUUGCAGCUAGAGGGAGCUUGGGCAGAUUUUCAAUUACGCUUUCAAGAUAUAACCAAAGGCUGUUUCUAAAUCCUAAAAUUAGAAUUUCAACAGAGCCCCCUUUAAACAGUCAUGUAACGCUUGUGUGGGCCAACAGAGGGGCUGUGUACUCUCUCUGGAACCAUAAAUGUCAAAUAAUUCAUAACCUGUAGUAACUGAGCAAACUUAAAAU